AUGGCGUCCUCCACGCCGCCUCCUGACGAUGUCUCGCGCGCCACGGUGGUCACGAUCCCGACGAUCAUCACGACGGUGAUUGCCCUGGUUCUGACGCUGUUGCGGCUAUACGUGCGGCGGUACAUGAUUCGCAUGGUUGACUGGGAUGACCUGUUCAACGUGCUGGGUUUGUUGACCGUGUUGGUGGUCAUGGGAUUGGUUAUUACCGCAACGUCUUACGGUCUCGGGCGCCAUUUCGAAUACGUUGACAAACAACGGGCAGCGUUCAGCGUGAAGCUGCUGCGAAUCGCCGAGUUUCACCUGAUCUUCUCGACCAUCUUCGUCAAGAUCUCGAUCAGUCUUUUCCUGAAGCGGCUUUUUCUGACGAGCAACAGAUGGAAGGUCUUCUUCUGGUGCUUCAUCGCGUUCAAUUCCAUUACCAGCGCCCUAGAUGCCGCAGUGAUUUUUCCGCAAUGUACGCCCGUGGAGUUUAAUUGGGAUAAAUCGAUCGAGGGGGGACACUGCUGGUCGAACGAAGCGAUUGAUGCGGUGGGAAUCGCACAAGGAACGAUCGCCGCAGCGACCGAUUUCGUGCUAUCCCUUUUACCCAUUCUAUUCCUAUGGAAUGUGAAGCUGCCAAAACGAGUGAAGCUGGGAAUUUGCGGCAUCAUGGCCUUGGGGUUUGCGAGCGGUGGAUUUGCCAUUGCGCGCACCGUGCUGGUACCCGAUCUGACCACAACGACCGAUCCCACCUGGGACCUGGUUGACCUGUUCAUGUGGGCCGUACUUGAGGCCACCUUCGGAGUCAUAGCGGCCGCUGCACCGUCCGUACGACCGCUUAUCGGCCAUAAUUCCAUGACAACCGAGUCGUAUAGUCGCUCCAAAUCGCUGCAGCUGCGUAGCAUGCACACCGGAAAGCACUCGCGUCGCGAGUGGGGACAGACCAUUCUCGAAACGGUGGACGAGCCAGCAGACCGGAUAUCCAACGACGGGGAUAGCCAAUCGCAUCUGUGGGGACAGGAGGAUCGAGGUAUUAUCAAGACGAUGUCCAUUGAGGUGGUCACCACUCAUCGACGAACGGAGAGCGAGAACCAAGAGGGGCUGUCGGAAAGGAGCUCUCACGAACGACGCACGGAGCCAUAG